AUGGAACCGCCCUCAUCGUCUACACGAGGGUUUGGUGACGGAAUUAAGCGACCUUGGUCUCCUCCGGGGCGUCCAACUGUGACUACUUCGGGUUUGUCCCAGCUUACGGCUUCUACUCCUCUGGACCUCAGCCCCCACCCCUCCUCGGUAUCCAAUUCAACACAUUCAUCUCCUUGGAUACAGGAGAUCUCCCUUAACGCCUCUGCUCACCCCCAGUCUCUACCAUACAUGCUGCAGCACCAAGUGCCGCCCAUGCCUCACCCAGGCGAUGCUCCAGGCCAGCACGCUCCUGUAUCUUCAUCCCUGCCCAGCAACGAGUGGGGAAACGUAUUUUCCUCGCCGCUGGAUCCCACUACAUUUGCAGCCCUUGCUGCCUCCGGCGUAUUGGGACCGCCGACCUCGAACUCGAGUAGAUCAAACCGCCUACCGCAUGAUAUGUCAAUCAAUCCUCGAGUUCAACCGCUGAAUACGAAGGAUCUCGGUCGUCCGGCCGUUGGACCAGGUAUUCAACCCUCAUGGUCUAAUACGCCAUCACCGUAUCCACCUGGCCCUUCCUCGUCACAACGGGCGUCUCCCACCCAGUUCCGCCCAGGGUCUGGCAAUGCACCGUAUGCGAAGCGGAAGUCCCCAGUCAGCGCGUUGUCUCAAUAUCCACCUGUCAACCUUCGACAGCCUGGCUCCGCGGUGCCGAUGAGUAUGCCCCCGUAUGAUGGUUCUCGCGUACCGGGUUCCCGUGAUCAUGCUCACGGGAAGCGCAGCUCUUUAAGCCAUACGAUGUCUCCUCCCACCGUCCCAACUUCGAGCGGUCAAAGUGAUCUACCAGUCGGUGCAGUCGACGACGGUCGCUUUGACAGUCUCUCUCCGCAAUUUCCGCCCCAGUCUGGUUCGCUUGAUUUUGCUUCGAAUAUGGCUUUCCCAGGCGAGCGUUAUAGUGUGGCAUUACCGCCGUCUCUGUGGAUGUCACCGGCGUCUUUGCCGUCUCCCGCUUCCAGCUUCCCCGACUCCCCAUAUGAUAUAUCUGCAGCCCAGUUCGGACCAUCACGACAACCGUCAAUACCAGAAUCAGUUGCGCGGUCAACAUCCAACCACACCAAUUAUUCGCUCUACGGCGGAGAAUCUGGCAAGUCUACUGCACCGACGUCAAGUAACAGUCCGAACGCCCGUAUGUUCCCCGAUUUCUUAGAAGACCUUUUCCCAUCGGCCAACUCACCGCUAUCGCCACUGGAGGAGCGAGGCUCCAGCAAGUUUGCGUCUCCGACCCUAUCCGGCUCGCCUGACCUGAAGCCCGUGGAUCUAGCAGCAGCCGAGACCGAUCAUGAGAAGUUAGCCAAGGAGGACCCUUUGGCGACGCAGGUCUGGAAGAUGUAUGCCCGUACGAAGGCAACCCUUCCCCAUGCGCAGAGGAUGGAGAACUUGACAUGGAGGAUGAUGGCGUUGGCAUUGAAGAAGAAGAAGGAGGAUGAGGACAAGGUGAGAGGUGCCAAUCAGAAGCCUUCGUUAGAGGAAGGUCGAUCCAGCGGCGCCGCACAGCCGUCUGCCAAUGGUUCAGCAUCAGGCCAGGAGGAUACUGGAGAGCGAGGGCGGUCCAUCGACAAGGGGAAGGCGAGAGUCCAGGUCGUUGGCUUUGAUGGCACGAACCAGGAUGGCACAGACGAGAACGACGAGGUGCCUAUGGAUUGGCGUGCGAUGAGCAGGUCUCGGUCCCGAGCACCAAUGGAUUGGCGCCCUGCAAGUCGUUCCCGCUCAAGACCGCCAAUGUCAGGUAUUCUGUCUGAUCAACAGAGUCAACUGAGGUUCCCGACGUCUGAAUCGCCUCCGAAGGCAUUUUCGACAUCGCCCAGCAUACCGAUACCUGGUGCCCCCUCUACAUCUUUAGGUCGCCGGAGUCCGCUUUCAUCCUUGCCAGGCCAACCAGGGUUGGCUACAGUUCUUGAGGCUGCUGAAAUUCGCCCCUCUCUGUCACGCAUUGACUCGUUGUCUCACCUUCACAGCUCAAACUGUCACCCAUCGUCAUUACCCUCCCUACUCCAUGGUUUUCCGCAGGUGUCAACUUCAUCUCUUCCUUCGUCUGAACAGCGCACUUUCCCUAAGCACGUGCGAAAAACUAGUUUCGAUCACACCGUCUCGCGUGAGGGAAUCCUGUAUGGCUUGACUGGUCGGCAUCAACUUAAUGGCAAGCCUUUGUCGCCGGACAGUCUCCUCGGUAUGAAGCGUCGGGCGGAUGCCCCACAUGCUGAGAGCCUACUGCGCGGUGACCCUGCACCUCUUGAUGCCGCUGAGCGCAUUCCGACACCACCCCCACCGCAACUGGACACGGAACAACUGAGGCGUAGCAGCCCAUUCCCCUCAAGCUCGUUUAAUUUCACGUUCCCUUCAUAUGAUACCUUCUUUGAUCUCUCCGGGGCUCCAACUACUUUUGCGUCUUCCAAUCUCUCCUCCUCGCUUCCUGCCUCGAAAGAUAGCCGACCUUCUGACGUCUCGUUCUCGGACGCUCUUCGCACACCCCUUACGGUGACCUACUCGCCUGCACAGACUCCAGCCGGUCUCUCUGCAGCUGCGGCAGCUGCAUCUGCAGCGGUGGCGGAGGGUUUCAGUGUUACGCACUUUGGCCACGAAGAUAAUAUUCUGGACUAUCAACACUUCGUAAACAUGAUGUAUCCAGGCCUUGAAGGCGCGUCCGGUGUCGGGCCAUUCACGCACGUCGACCCCACGCAGAUACUUCCUGUCGAUCACCCCGAGAGUGCCUUCCAGAGCUUCCAUCCGAGUCCUUCCAGCGACGGGUGGGGCAACGGCGUGAACUCCAGCUCCAACGCGUCGCCAGAGCCUUACAUUGGUUCUAAUGCCUCCACACCACCUUCAACUGAGAACGGAACCAGCGCGCGGCACCUACCGCGGAAGAUUGCUUCUUCGAAACGGGUAUUGCAAGAUGCUUCUUCACGUUCGGCUGCGGGUGCUGCACAGCGGAAGACGACUCCUGAUGUUGGCUCCGGUGGUUCAACCCAGCUGGCCAGAGGUGCAAGCGAUGAUAGCGAGCAACCGCCCACGGUUUGUACAAAUUGCCAGACGACAAAUACACCUCUCUGGCGGAGAGACCCGGAGGGUCAGCCGCUAUGUAAUGCGUGUGGUCUAUUCUAUAAGUUACAUGGUGUUGUUCGCCCACUGUCCCUCAAAACUGACGUCAUCAAGAAGCGCAACCGGGCAUCCGGGACCCCUCAUAGUGCAUCUCGAAAGGCGAACUCUAAUCUUCCCAAGAUUGCUUCAUCUACGAAUCGGCCGCGAGCUGCCACUACGAACACAAUGCCUUCCAGUUUAAAUGGGUCGAGGUUAUCUCCUACGAAUCGAACAGGUGGUGCGGCUGCGGGAAGUGCUUCCAUGAAGCGACAGCGACGGACUUCUGCUGGUGUCGAUACGCAAUAUUCGUCCACUCGCAAGCCGACGGUGCCGGUGAACGCUCUGCCACCCACCUACACCACCUAUUACACCAAUCUUUUCCCUGACACUCUGGCUUCACUCUUCAGGCAGCCCUCUCCGCGGUCGCCUUUACCGCCGUCGUCGUUUCCUGCAACCCUCCACCCUGUGGCCUCGAAAGACCUCAAUGUGACUCUACAGCGGCGCGUGUCACGCACUGACCUCGAUUUCGAGCAGGCGUUGCGCGCAGGUGGAACGGUGGUAUUGAAGGAGGGUCUUGAUGUUGACACGCUCGGUGCAGACAUAACCAACACAUCCAUAUCCCUCAGCCCGUUCUCGUCACCUUCACCGCCCGCGCACAGGUCGUACGCGGGUUUGCAGCCCGCGACGCCCACCAUAGUGCCCCCGACGCCGUCCCCGGUCGCGACCCACCGCGCCGCUGGAUCGUCUAAUUCUGCGAAUAACCCGAACAUUCCUUCACAAACCUCCCUCCUUUCUUCUCCGUCGAGCGACGUGUUCUACGACGCCGAGGAGCACGACUUCCAGACCAAGCGGAGAUCUAUGUACCGUUCGCCUGGGACCGCGAGCAGCCCGGAUCUUGCCACGCUCCUGCGGAAGGCGAAGGAGCGCAAUGCUGCUGGCAACAAAGAUGGAUUGAAGCCUACUGCAGCUUCACACGAUACCCUAGACAAAGGUGGUGCGCCAAAAUCCGGGGCUCGCCAACGCCCGUCGACUUCUUCAAACCGACCCGAGUCUCCUUCCUUCUCUCCUCAAUCCACUCCCGCACCCAAGGGAAAGUCAAGAGGCAGGCAGGGGCAAGGUAUGGACAACGGUGGCUCACCCAGCCCGGAUUGGGUGUGGACGAGUCCUCGUUCGCUGAGCUCUAUAAAGGACAAUGGCAAACCUGCCAAGUCCUCUGUAAGGGCUAAGACAUCUGCGUUUCUCGGGAAGAUGCUUGGUCAAUCCAGUACGCGAGAUAGAUCUCGUACAGUCACAUCAUCACCUUCAUCUGCCUCUAUUGUAUCAUACCCAACUUCCUCCUCGCUUUUCGAUGCGUUCACUCCUCCCGUACCUCCUAUUCCCGACAGGCAUAAAGUCACAUCACCUAUACCAGAUGCUUCUGAUGUAUUCAGUAGCCCUUCACAACCACCCAACGUGAAGAAAGGCUUACCUUCGCUGCCCAACGGCGACAGGUACGCCGAAACGGAAUCUUCUGUUGAUCAACCGUCUUUGAAGGUCUCUAACGGAUGGCGCUCUCGGUCACCGUCGCCAACUACAACGGUGAAAGGGAAAGUAUCAGCCUCGAAGCAUGCUCCAGCGUCAAGCCGAAGCAAGCGUCGAAGCAUGAGUGUCAGCGACGUCGAUCUGAAGAAGGUCAUGGCCAUGGCAGCGGGACCAUCUUCAGGUCGGGUCUCUGGCGAGACAAGGCGAGCUGACGGCGAUUUGGGGCUGGAUUUGAAUGGCAUCCUUUCAGAGUUCCAAGGCGAGCUUUCCCAGCUCGAUCCUAAUUCUGUCGCUUCACUCGAUCUCCGGGAUCCUUCGACGCCUUCAAGGCGACUUGGGCCACCAUCUCGCUCUCAAAGUACUCCUCAGUCUCCAGCUAUUCGACCUCCGCCCAAACCGGCUCUUUCGUUACCCCCACCAACAGUUAGACUCCGAUCCGCGUCAGGCGUCGAAGAGUCUCUAUUGAAUUCGGUAUUGUCAUAUUCUAACGACCCCCAUUCAACCGCAGAGGAAGCAAUUACUCCGUCUCGGAAUUCGCAAAACACUCCUUUACGUUCUCGUUCUGGCUCCAAUACCGCGGGUUCCCCGCGCAUAACAGCUCUGAAAUACGGGCCACGCUCACCUCCUUACCGGAAUGCAUCGUCGCCUCUUACUCACAAUCCUUCUGCGUCUCGAGAUUCAAGCCGUCUACGUGUGCAACAUCGCGCUACGGCUUCGACGUCUGAGCCGUCGCUCAUACCCUGUCGGGACGAUGGUAGAGUCUUCUCCACGCUUUCUGUGAGUUCUCAGCAGGACCUCACGAACAACGGGUUCGCUCGGCAAUCGCAUCCUUCUACUAAAGCCGAAGACUCGGCCGACCUCGAAGCCAGAGGGAAGGAACUGGCAUCGCGGUGUUGGGCGGAAGAUGAGGAUUUCCUGGCGAAGGACAAAAUUGCGGAAUGGCUCGGCGGACUGGGCCUUAUCAAUCGGAUUGCUUUGCGGCACUAUAUGGAUUUCUUCGAUUUCUCUAACCUUAGACUCGAUCUUGCUUUCAGGCGGUUUUGUGCCAAAUUGUACCUAAAGGGUGAGACCCAACAGGUCGAUCGCAUACUCACAGAGUUCGGUCGGCGCUAUUGGGACUGCAACCUUUCCAGCCUCUUUGGCAAUGCCAGUGUUGUUCAUGCUGUAACAUAUUCACUUUUGCUUUUGAACACUGAUCUACACGUCGCGGAGCUCACUUCGCGGAUGUCGCGCGGGCAGUUCGUGCGCAACACCCUGUCCGCCAUCCAGAUGCAGCUGCAGCCAAGCCAGGGCUCGAACCCCGACCUUUCGUAUGACGACUGGAGUAGUUUGCGCGCGGCAUCUGACGGCGGCGAGGCGGACGGGAGCACGAUACGCUCGCGUGCCAAGAGGAGCGACAGCAUCGCUAGCUGGAACAGUAUCCACCAUGAUAGCGCUUUAGCUGUCUCUCCUGUCUCAGGGAACUCGUCUGGACAGCUCGUCUCGCCCGCAGACACGGGAAGUCAGCCUUCUGCAAAUGAGAGCGUAGUUUCCGUAGCGCUGUCGAGGCAGGAGUCCAAAGCUCAGGAGCCGGCUGCUGCUGCUGCUACCACCGUGGUGCAUGAUCGCAAUUGGGAGAUAGAGCUAGAGAAUCUACUCAAGGAAAUGUACACCGCGGUCAAGAACCAGCAGAUCCUGCAGCCCGUUGGCAGCACGCUGCUGGCGCGGUCGUCGACCUCCUCGUUGAGCCCGCAUGGUGUGAUCACGCGGAAUCGGAGCCUGCGGACUACUCAGCCAGACCGGCUCGCGAACUUAAAACGUGGCAGCAUCCGCGGUCUCCAAUCUAUUCUUGGUGCACAGGCAGGGAUAUCUCCUUACAGCAGCAAUAGCAGCAUCGACGGCCGUGCAAGCCCAGCUCCUAGUUUUGCCACGUCAAACGAUGGCAUCGGCUCGACUGUAUCAUUCCUGACCCCCGCUAUGGGCUUCGCGUCCAACCUCUCGCACACCAUCAUCCGUGAAGACAAGGAGGACGACAGCCACAGCAUGCGCAGCGCCCGCUCGAAUUCGACGGACAUCAGCAUCACCGACGAGGAGCUCGCGCUGCUCGGCCCGCCGUGGGCGAAGGAGGGCAUGCUCUGCCGCAAGCAAUACUGGGACUCGACGGGGAAGCGCGCCAAGUCCAAGGCGUGGCUUGACGUCUUCGUUGUCAUCCAGAAGGGCGAGCUGAGUAUGUUCACCUUUGGUGACCACGGCGGCGGCGGCACCGGCGUCGUCGGCGGUGGCAAUUGGUUGGAAAAUGCCGAGCCCGUCGGGAACGUGCUGCUCGCCCACUCGCUCGCGCAUGCCCUGCCACCUCCGGGGUACAACAGGCAGCGCCCGCAUUGCAUGGUGCUGACGCUGGCCAGUGGGGGCGUGUAUUUUUUCCAAGCGGGCACCGAUGAGCUCGUUAACGAGUGGGUAUCGACGUGCAACUACUGGGCGGCGAGGCAGAGCAAGGAGCCGCUCGCCGGGGGCGUGUCUAACAUGGAGUAUGGAUGGAACCGCGUGAUGGACCCGCUCACGCGGAUGCGCUCCAUCUCCGAGGACAACUUCUCCGUGCGGGAGCAGGAGAACUCGGACGGGGUGAGCGUGCGCAGCGGGCGGAGCCGGUUCAAGGACCUCGCUGCGACGGUGCGGGCGGACAAGUCGCCAUGGGCGGACAGAACGUUCAUCAACGACUGGAACCCGCCUUUACCGCCGACGGUGCCGAGUAACCACGACGAGGAGACGCAGAUGGAGGCGCUGCAGAAGCACGUGGCAUCGCUGAAGGAGCACCUGAAGGACCACAACGAGCUGCGGGGGCCCAUGACCAAUUUGUACCAGCCGCGCUCUUCCAAUGCGGCGAAGGCGUUGUCGAACUGGGAGAAGCGGUCGCAGUACCUGCUCACGGAGAUUGUCAAAUACGAGUCGUACAUCGACUCGCUGCAAGCUGCGAUGACGCUACGGCUGAAAAGGCGUGGGGAGAAGGCGCUGGAGAGGGCGCUGGUGGUGUCGAGCCCGACGGAGGACGAGACCGUGGAGGGCGCUGCGAAGGGCCGGUGGAAGGGGCACCCAGAGGAGGAGACGAUUGCGGAAGACGAGGAGCCUCCUGCGAGUGCUGGACUGCAGCCGUCGCCGGGACAUAGGCACCGACGUGAGCUCGCUGAAGUGGGGGUUGGUGAGUAG